AUGCUGUGGGUUACCUUGCUGAGCACCAUAGCCUUAGGAUGGACCACCCCGAUCCCACUACUAGAGGACUCCGAGGAGAUCGACGAGCCCUGCUUCGAGCCCUGCUACUGCGAGGUCAAAGAGGGCAUCUUCCACGUCCACUGUGACAGUAAAGGAUUUACAAAUGUCAGCCAGAUCUCCCAGAUAUGGAGUCGGCCCUUCAAGCUCAAUCUGCAGAGGAACUCCAUGCGGAAGCUUUACUUUAACAGCUUCCUCCAUCUCAACAAUGCCAUAUCCAUUAAUCUGGGUAAUAACGCCUUGCAAGACAUCCACGCUGGAGCGUUCAAUGGCUUAGGAAUACUCAAACGGCUGUUCCUGCAUGAAAACAAACUAGAAGUUUUCCGGAAUGACACCUUUUUGGGGUUGGAGAGUUUAGAGUAUCUCCAGGCGGACUACAAUGUUAUCAAACGGAUUGAAAGCGGUGCAUUCAGGCACCUCCACAAAUUGAGAGUGCUCAUACUAAAUGACAAUCUGAUCCCCGUGCUCCCAAAUUAUCUUUUCCGGUCGGUGUCACUCACACAUCUGGACCUGAGAGGAAACAGACUAAAGACACUGCCGUAUAAGGGCACGCUGGAGUACGUUGGGAGGAGCUUAAUGGAAAUCCAGCUGGAGGAGAACCCCUGGAACUGUGUGUGUGAGAUUGUCCAGUUGAAAACGUGGCUGGAGCGAAUCCCUUACACUGCUCUGGUUGGUGAGAUCACAUGUGAGUACCCAUUCCACUUACAUGGGAAAGACUUACGGGAAAUCAAGCGCAGUGAGCUCUGUCCGCUGCUCUCCGAUGCAGAGAUUGAGGCCAAGCUGGGAAUUCCUCGGGUCCCUUUCAGCAAUGAGAACACAUGGCCUACGAAACCUUCCUCCAUGCUGUCCUCCUUUCACAACACCGCCUCUUCUGUGGAAUACAAGGAAAGAGCUGUCAAGCCCACCAAACGACCUCGGCCCACAAAGAACCCCCCAACCCCUCGUAGCAUCUACCCAGGCAUGAACCAGCCCCCCAUUGCUGGCUACCAAACAAGGCCUCCCAUCCCAAUAAUUUGUCCGGCUGGAUGUACUUGCAACCUUCACAUCAAUGACCUGGGGCUAACAGUGAACUGUAAAGAGAAAGGCUUUCACAACAUCUCUGAUCUCCUGCCUCGGCCCCUCAAUGCCAAGAAAUUGUAUCUCAGUGGGAACCUAAUACAGAAAAUCUACCGUUCUGAUUUCUGGAACUUCUCAAGUUUGGAUUUACUGCAUUUAGGGAAUAAUCGGAUAUCCUACGUCCAGGAGGGCGCUUUUAUCAACCUUCCAAACUUGAAAAGUUUAUAUCUGAAUGGGAAUGACAUUGAGCGACUCACCCCUGGGAUGUUUAGAGGGCUUCAGAUGUUGAGUUAUCUGUACUUUGAGUAUAAUGUCAUACGUGAGAUACAGCCUAACUCCUUCUCCCUAAUGCCAAACCUCCAGCUGGUUUUCCUUAAUGACAACCUGCUACGCUCCCUCCCCACUGACGCCUUUGCCGGCACAAACCUUGCACGCCUCAACCUCCGCAACAAUUACUUCCUUUCCCUGCCUGUGCACGGCGUUCUUGAGCAUCUGACCUCCAUUGUCCAGAUUGAUCUCCAUCAGAACCCCUGGGACUGUUCCUGCGAUAUCAUCCCCCUCAAGCAGUGGCUAGAAAAGCUCUCCUCCGUAAUUGUGGUUGGAGAUGUCAUCUGCAAGACACCCGAGUUUGCUUUUGGGAAGGACCUGCGUUCCCUGGAGGUGGAGGUCAUCUGUCCUGAGCUCAAGUACUCUUCAGGCCCCUCACCGGCCCUGCCUGGUGGGGAUGACCUCACCACUGGGAGCUCUGAGAUGGGGGAGGCAGGUGGGAGAGGGGCCGUCCCACUUUCUGUCCUCAUCCUCAGCCUGCUCAUCCUCUUCAUCUCUGCUGUGUUUGUGGCUGCCGGGCUUUUUGCCUUUGUUCUCCGUCGCAGGAAGAAGCUGCCCUUCAGGAAACGAUCUGAGGUCGAUCUGACGGGGAUCCAAAUGCAAUGCAGGAUUUUCGAGGACCCGCCGAGGCAGAGCAGUGCCGCUAACACUGGCACACCAGAGAAACCGACUCCCAGUAUGCACACACACACUCACACAAGUCACACACACGCCCACGGUCACGUUUAUGAUUACAUCCCCCACCCUGUGACUCAGAUGUGUAACAACCCCAUCUAUAAGCCUCGAGAGGGGGAGAUUGCAGAGGAGGACAGAGCGCAGUUUUCAGAGAAGAAAGACAAUGGCAGCAGUAGCAACAGUAACUACAGAACCUUGUUAGAGAAAGAGAGAGAGUGGACCCUGGCCGUCUCCAACUCUCAACUCAACACCAUCGUUACAGUCAACCACACAACGGCUGACAUGGCAGGAUUUCAUGAGAAUGGAGGGCUCUGCCCUACAGUGAUUGACAGUCAGAGGCCCACGCCUACGGUGGGCUUUGUAGACUGUUUGUAUGGGACAGUGCCCAAACUAAAGGACAUGCAUGUGGCGCAUGCGCACCCACCAGGCAUGCAGUACCCCGAUUUGCAGCAGGAUGCACGGCUGAAGGAGACAUUGCUUUUCACGGCGGGGAAAGGCUGCUACCCCGACCCGUCACAAAGCGAUUACCUCGAGUUAAGGGCCAAACUUCAAACCAAGCCGGAUUACCUCGAAGUCUUGGAAAAAUCUUAUCGGUUUUAA